AGGAGAUGACCAGAGACUGCGGACACAGUACAGGAGAUGACCAGAGACUGCGGACACAGUACAGGAGAUGACCAGAGACUGCGGACACAGUACAGGAGAUGACCAGAGAUGCAGACACAGUACAGGAGAUGACCAGAGACUGCAGACAUAGUACAGGAGAUGACCAGAGACUGCAGACAGUACAGGAGAUGACCAGAGACUGCAGACAUAAUACAGGAGAUGACCAGAGACUGCGACACAGUACAGGAGAUGACCAGAGACUGCGGACACAGUACAGGAGAUGACCAGAGACUGCGGACACAGUACAGGAGAUGACCGGAGACUGCGGACACAGUACAGGAGAUGAUCAGAGACUGCGGACACAGUACAGGAGAUGAUCAGAGACUGCGGACACAGUACAGGAGAUGACCAGAGACUGCGGACACAGUACAGGAGAUGACCAGAGACUGCGGACACAGUACAGG